CCUAAGGUAAUCAGGCUGUGCUGUCCUUUUGAUAUAACUGUAAUACCCUUAUAAAUUGCCAAAUGUAAAUAACUCAGCAAAUUAAACCCUUAAUUCAGCAAAAAUAGUACCAAUGUACUACUUUAUACAAAGUAUUACUAACACUUAAUAUAAUAUAUCAUGAUAAAAUGUGACCCUGUAAAAAAUAUGAUUAAAAUAAGUUAGAAAGAACCUGAAUCGAAAACAAUGGAGCACGUGUAAGGCUAAGAUUCUCCCACACAAAAACAAAAACCAAUGUAAAGAAAACCACAGUAUAUUUAAUUUAAAACUGCAUUUGGCUCUGUCUAUAUAAUCAGUUUAUUUAUAAAGAUAAAACCAGAGUAAUAGCUACUUUUAUUAGUUUUCUGGGUAAAAAUUAAACACACACAAAAAAAAAAAAAAAAAAAAAAAAAAAUAAUGGAAGUUUUUAUGUCAGCAAUAAUUGGGGUAAUUAUAGUGUUAAUUGGUUACAUCUAUGUUAAGCUAGUCUUGCAGCCUAAAUUAUUAAGGUUGAAGUUGCAAAAUCAAGGAAUUAGAGGUCCACCACCUUGUUCUAUUUUGUUGGGUAAUAUCCCACUAAUUACCCAAAUUAAAUCUCAAAUUAAUUUACCAUCUUAUGCUAAUUCAUGUGAUAUUCAAGUUAAUCAUGAUUGGCCUUUGAUGUUAUUUCCUCACCUUUAUAAAUGGCAAUCUUUAUACGGACCAGUGUUCACAUAUACAACUGGAAGGAUGCAGAUGUUGUGCGUAACAGACCCUAAUGUUGUGAAGGACAUUGUCCAAUAUAGCUCUGUGGAUUUAGGAAAGCCUUCGUAUUUGUCAAAGGAUCGCGGUCCUUUGCUUGGUCAAGGUGUUAUCUCCUCUAGUGGUUCCUUUUGGUCUUAUCAAAGGAAACUCAUUUCUCCUGAAUUUUUCCCUGAGAAAGUUAAGUUAGAGGGUUUAUCAGGAGUGUUUGGUUUGAUGGUGGAUGCGACAACCACGAUGUUGAGUUCCUGGGAAGAUAGAGUAAGCAAAAGUGGUGGAACAGCAGAGAUUGCGAUUGAUGAAGACAUGAAAAGUUUGUCAGCUGAUAUAAUUUCAAAAACUGCAUUUGGGAGCAGCUACUCUAAGGGGAAAGACAUAUUUUCAAAGCUAAGGAAGCUUCAAAAGCUAAUGAGUAAAAAUCUGUAUGUUGGGAUUCCCUUUUCAAGGUAUAUGCCAACCAAGACCAAUCGGGAGAUAAAUAGACUAGAGAAAGAAAUCGAUUCAAUGAUAUUAAGGGUUGUCAAAGAACGAAUGGGAGCUGAACGUGAGACAGACUUCUUACAAAAGAUACUUGAAGGUGCUAGAAAAUGUGGUGAACAGAAUGACGUUCCCUUCAAAAUGGAUGAUAAGAGCCAUGAGAAGCUCAUCGUAGACAAUUGCAAGAAUAUAUAUUUUGCUGGUCAGGAAACAACUGCUGCUACAGCAGCAUGGAGCUUAAUGUUACUGGCUGUGCACCCUGAUUGGCAGACUCGGGCUCGAGCUGAGGCACUUGAAGCUUGCAGAGAUGAAAUUAUAACUGCUGACAGUCUGAGACAUAUGAAAGUGUUGACAAUGAUUAUCCAAGAGACGCUUCGUCUCUACCCACCAGCAGUAUUUUCUGUAAGAACAGCACUACAAGAUGCCAGUCUAAAAGACAUUCGAGUUCCAAAAGGACUCGACAUUCAAGUUCCAAUAGCUAUGUUGCACCAGAAUCCAGAUUUAUGGGGAGCAGACGCGAAAGAAUUUCACCCUGAAAGAUUUGCAAAUGGAAUUGCAGCAGCAUGCAAAGUCCCGCAAGCUUACAUACCUUUUGGGUAUGGAGCUCGUGUAUGUCUUGGCCAAAAUUUCGCCAUGAUGGAGCUCAAAGUGAUCUUAUCCCUCAUCUUGUCCAAGUUUAGCUUUUCGAUUUCACCAGGUUAUCAGCACAGCCCUGCAUUUAGGCUAGUAAUAGAUCCUGAGCAUGGAAUUAAACUCCUCCUAAGCAGGGCUUAAUUGGUUCAGGUUUUGUAAACUCGGCAUUCACUCAGCUUCUUUGGAUGCUAGAUUUUAGCCAUGGUGUAGGCGAAAGCCAUAGUUCGCUAUUAGCUACUGAUUUUUCAUUAUAAUCAGUGAGAAAAAAUAACCUUAGCAAUUAACGGAGUCUACCCCAAACACUCCAUAAGCACAAAGUUUACAUCAUGAAUUUGUGUACAUUUCAAUAACAAUAGUCACACCCUUUGUUUCAAAAAGAUUGUUCUUUUUAUGUUGAUAUGUUUCAA